CGUUUCAGUUUUUUUUUGGACCUCCUGCACCGGAAGCUAGGUGCUUGGAAUUCGAAAUUUCAAAAAAAAAAAAAGGUGCUUGGAAUUCGCCAGGUAAUUCAGAACACAGGUCAGAUUUUCAAAAAAAGAAAAAGAAAAAAGAAAAAGAACACAGGUCAAGUAGAGUAGACUUGAGUAGUUCAGGAACGACGCGGGAAGUGUUGAAAUAAUGUUGGACGCGCUUGAGCCACACUGCUCUGAUCUUUCACCGAAAGGCAAGACUACCUCUGCUUCCGCAGUCAGCUACUUGCGUCGCCCUAUAAAAUCAGCUGGCGCAGUGGAGCUCGUCUCGUGUCAUCGGCUCGAGCUCCUGCCAUUCCCCGGUCAUCGCCGAGCGUUCCUUCCUUCCACCAACGCCGCCGUCCGUUCAUGGAUUCCGCGGCCUCCGCCGUCGCGGGGAAGCCGCCACCGGCGCUGGGCCAGGCGCGGCGCCAGUGGGGAUGGCGCGGACGGGCAGGCUGCGCGGCGCUCAACCUCGCCCUGCUCCUCGCCGUCACCGCCAGCUUCGCGGGCGCGGCGUACCGCGCGCGCCACCGCCCGCGGGACCUCGCCUUCGUGGCCGCCGCCUACUACCUCCUCGCGCUGCUCCUGUGCUGCGUCGCCAAGCUCGAGCUCUUGCGGGCGGACGCGGACCCCCAGGCGGCCGGAGAGGUCCAGCGCCGGCGGGUCCGGCUCGCCGUGUGGGCGGUCUCGGUGGCGCUCAGCGCCACGUUCGCUUCGCGCGUCGCCGAGGCGAUGCCGCUGCUGGCGCUGAAGCUGGCCGUGUGGGGGGUCACCGCUGUGUUCCUUGGCCUGGGGUUCUGCUUGCUUUUCUGCCCCGGAGACGCGGAGCCCGGGAGUGCGGCGGAGCUCGGGCCUGGCCAGGAUCCCGGCCGCCGGCCGGCGAUUGCGAAGGCUCUGCACGAGCUGUCGCCGGAAGAGAUGGCCUAAGAUUUUGCGCACUGUACUGUGCGUAUAACUCGCGGAACACGGAUAUUCAUUUCCCAUUUCCGCCCUUCUUCAGUUUUGUUGGGUUGCUCGUGCAGAAAAGGAAAUGUUGCAACUUAUUCUCUCCGUCCUGAAAUAUGUCAUUCUAAAGUUUAAAAUUUAUCCUCAAAUGUAUGUAAAAUAUUGUGUGAUUGUAAUCCAAAAGAAGUGUUUUUCUACACUUGUUGA